ACUGAUAUCGAUAGCUACCGAUAUCGAUAGAGGGGCGAGAUAAGAGCUUCAGCUAUGGCUAGCCGGCACAGGGAUGAUAAAAGUCAGAUCCCCCGGCCACCAGACAGAGCUUGACGAGGGACAUGUGUCGCUGCUCGCGCAGGAGCAUCGCAACAACCAUGAUGAAUGGGGGGAAUUAUGCGCCGAAUUCGCUCCGUGAAACUUCUCUGGCAUUGACUGUGAGUCAUUUAAAGCCCUAACUAACAAUUAGUCAAAGAUCGCUGUUCCAGCCUGAUACAUCAACAGCAUCCGUCUGUUCAGGCCAUGUGGUACGUACGCGCAACACAAGACUCCGGACGGUGAAAGGAGUCGCAGCUGGUUCUUUAAUGCCCCAGAUGGAGGCGAAUACUGAAUUCCACAAGGGUGCAACAAUAUUGUCGGCACAGGUCGACUAGUUAUCUGUCAACGACAUCGACGACAGCGAAGAUGGGAGAAAAAGUUUUCCUUCGUUCUAGCUAGGGUCCCUCCACUCACCACAUGAUGGACAUGCAGCGCCUGCUCUCCUGAGGUAGCACAAUCACAUCCUUCAUAAGAGCUACUGCCGAAAUUCGAUCAUUUCUCGCUCUGAUCGAUCAUGUUGGACAAAGAAAACAUACUUGUUCUCGUUUCGCCCCUGCCAGCCAACCAACCACCCUUGUUUGCAUGCAGAAUUGCAAGGCCAAGACAGACCGCGGGGGAGCACUUUUGUUUUCCCUUUCCUUCCCGUCUUUCUAUACCCAUUAUACCCAUGGUACGAUGCAAGGUAAACGGCUUUUUCAAUGGGGCGGGUAAAAAUAGACUCCAAUCAGCCCUAAUAUAGCCCAUGAAAUGUACCUGAUGCGAAAAAUUUGCUACCAUACAACCAUGCAUGGUGCCAUCACUACAGGGCGGACAUAUGUCAACGUCGCCAAGUUAUGCAAGAUUAAUAACCAAUUUCUUUCCUUUUUAUCCUGUUAGCCAAUUUCAAAGGAAACCACUUGGCUUCUCGUUUCAAAAGUUGCAAUUGCCGUCAACAAUGCUCAAAAGGUCAUGGGCUAGCUGUUGACCUCCUUCUCCAAACAAAAAGUCUAAUUGGUGUCAUUUUACUGCAAGUCAGUGGUAUAUAAAAAAGAAAAGAAAUGCAACGGGCUGGCUGAAUGGAAAAUUAGAGCCCAUCCAUCUCUGCUGUAAAGCAAUCCCGAAUACCUCUACCAAUUGGCCUAGGGACCCUUGCGUCUGAAAGUACCAUCUGCAGCCAGCAGAGCUAGGUAUAAUCGCACAACAUGUGAUAGUAGCCUAUGUGAAGAUGCAAUUUCAUACCCCCUGAAGCUCUAUAUGAUAUCUAAAUAUAGCCCGCAAGAUAUAUAACACAUCUCCCACAUCUCUUCCCUCAUCCCCUUUGGCGUGGAUUAUACUCGAACGCCAGCCGUCAUAUCAAUUCAAUAAUGGCUAUCAGCCGGUCACACAUACAUGUCUAUCCUUUUGGGCAUGGUUUCUUUUGCCUCCAACGGAAUGAAGGCGGAUAUCACAGCUCUUGUACGUGGGGGUAUCCAAGAAACUGAAUUGACAUGCGCCAAGUGAGGUACUGAGCGGCACUAGCAUGAAUUUCCUGGGCCAACUAAUCCGGCCCGUCUUUCAUUGCGGUCGUGCAUGUCUACAGCUUUAUAGCCCUUGUUCCCCCACCCAUAGCAGCAGUCGGAUGCUCCUUUGUUGUAUACUACAUAUCCCUUAUAUAUACUGGAUUCUACCCCCCUCGAAUUCUGUCUGCUAAUUCUCCUAACAAACCCUACAAUAUAAUAUACAAUCCACCCUACGAAUCACCAUGGGUCCCUUGCCGUCUCUUUUCUCUUCCGAGUCGAAUGAUUCAUGGAAGAAAUCCUCUGUUGCUACCUUUGGAGAAUUCGUUGGGACCUUCAUGUUCCUCUUCCUCUCCUAUACAGGAUGCCAAAUUGCCAAUAUGUCCGUGGACCCCAAGGAUUCUUCGCCUGAACCUAACCCUACUGUUCUGUUAUACAUAUCGCUUUCCUUUGCUACCGCCCUUGCCAUCAAUGUUUGGGUAUUCUAUAGGGUCACAGGAGGGAUGUUUAACCCCGCGGUAUCCCUAGCUCUCGCUUUAGUCGGAGCUAUCAGCCCUAUCCGAGCAGUAAUGGUAUCUAUUGCCCAGGUUGUUGCCGGGAUUGCUGCCGCUGGAGUCGUCUCUGCCCUCUUCCCUGGGCCCCUGGUUGUCCAAACUAAGCUUGGAGGUGGGACUACGACCACCCAGGGACUGUUCAUUGAGAUGUUCCUGACCGCUGAACUUAUAAUCACCAUCCUAAUGCUGGCUAUUGUCAAGCACCGUGCAACCUUCCUUGCUCCGCUGGGUAUUGGAUUGGCUCUUUUCAUAGCGCAACUCAGCGGUGUUUACUUCACUGGUGGAUCUCUCAAUCCUGCCCGUUCCUUCGGUCCAGAUGUUAUUGUAGGAGGAUUUCCCGGAUAUCAUUGGAUUUACUGGGUUGGUCCCUUGCUGGGAUCUUUGCUAGCAACUGGCUUUUAUCAAGCUCUCAAUUUCCUACGCUAUCAGAACGUCAACCCUGGUCAAGAUUUUGAUGGUAUCGGAUCCGAACUCAUGGGAAAUCCAGAACGUUCAGAGUGAAUUUACUAUACUUGGGGGCUUGCCCCAUUAACCGGGCGCGAAACUCCUUCUCUUUGUUUUCCUUUGAUCUCUUAUACUGGUGAUUUGUCUAGGCCGUACUGUUUUUUCAAGAGUAUUCUGCUGGCUUUGAGUAUUUUAAUUAUUAAUACCGUUAUUCAUCUCGUGUCAAUCUUCAACUCGACCAAGUCUAUUACAUCCUACAGCUCUCAGACAUUUCGAAAAAGUCCUUAACAAUAUGUUAUUUGGUAACCAUUUAUGAUCUGUGUCACACUCCUUCAUGUAGGCCCAAACGGCUGUUCUCACGGUAGGUAGGCUACAAGUCCAGAAAAUUUACAAAAAAGAAAAGUAAUAAUCAAAGUGAAAUAGGAACGGCCAGGCAAUAUUGACAUGAGUAACUGGAGGACAGGAAAAAGCCGAGGAAAAGAAAAUAUAUGAAUGAAAGAGGGAGAUGCAAAGAAAAGAAAUCCAAGUAACGAACAGCUGUAAACCAAAUAAUAAGCGGUUAUU